GAUGUCAUGAGUUACAUUUUAAUUCGCUCCUUGUGAAGGGGAAGGAACGAUGUCAGGUGCUGGGGGAGGAAAACGUCCCUCAGGAGGGGACAGCCCCCCUGGCCCCCCUGAGAAGAAGAGCAAAAAAGAAGAGAAGACCACCACCACACUCAUUGAGCCCAUACGCAUCGCUGGAGUGUCUUCUACUGAGGAAAUGGACAUGAAGGUGCUCCAGUUCAAGAAUAAGAAGCUGUGUGAGCGCUUGGAGCAAAGACAGACGAUGGAGGAUGAGUUGCGAGAGAAAAUUGAAAAGCUGGAGAAGAGGCAGGCCACUGACGACACCACCCUACUGAUUGUCAACCGCUACUGGUCGCAGUUGGAAGAGGAUGUGCACGUUCUUCGAAAACGUAUUGAGCCCGAGACUCCGGUGGCAUCCACCCCUGUCCCGCCCCCUGCUCCUCUCCCUGACCCUACACCAAUGGAGGAAGAUGAUGUCAGUCUGGCCUCACCAGCCUCUGUCGUGCCUCCACCUCCUCUCCCAGAGACACCGAAUGAGGGCGAGCAGCCAGAGCAGCAGCAGCAGCAGGAGGAGCGUCAGGAAGAAGGUCAGGAGCAGCAGCAGCCUCCUCCUCCUGAUGGGUCAGAAGAGUUGUUGACGCCCACAGAGCCACCACAAAACUCCACAACAGAUGCAUCGCCACCCCCUCCUCCCUUAAGUGAGAAUGCCAAGGGUUUCCUGGCCACGCUGGAGCACAGCAGCGAGGAGGAGCUCAGCCUGCACCUCCAGGACCGCAUGCAGUUCAGCAAGGAAGCCAUUGCCUGCCUUGUGUGCGUCUAUGACAGGCUGCACAGCCGCAUCAAUGACAUGUGCAAGCAGGUCCAGGCAGCAGCAUGUGACGACGAGAGCCAGUCUGAGAUCAUCAAUGUGAACCACACUCUGCUGGAUGAGAACAGUCGACUGAGAGACCUGGCCACUCUCCUGCAGGGCCGACACCACAAGAUGUCCAUGGAGUACAAUGAGUUGGUGGACAAAGUGACCAGCUCAGAGACUAAGGUAUCCGAGAUGGAGACGACGGUGGAGGACCUGCAGUGGGACAUUGAAAAACUUCGCAACAGGGAACAAAAGCUCAACAAACAUCUAGCAGAGGCCAUGGAGCAGCUGAAGUCUGGAUACAGCAGCACUGGCAGCUCAGGUGGGCUUCCUGGAGGCCAGAUAACAUUGAACAUUCAAAAGUUUGAGAGUCUUAAUGCAGAGUUGGAGCACAACCAGGAGUUGGCUAAUAGCCGCAUGGCCGAGUUGGAGAAACUGCAGGUGGAGCUCCAGGAGGCUGUGAGGGAGAGCGAGAAGCUCAAGAUGGACUUGCGGAAUAUUCCAGAGGAGGUUGUGAAGGAGACCCUGGAGUACAAAUGUCUGCAGUCCCAAUUCUCCCUGCUGUACAAUGAGUCUUUAGGGGUGAAAACCCAGCUGGAUGAGGCACGAGCUCUCCUGCUCACUGCCAAGAACGCCCAUCUCCGACAGAUUGAGCACAUGGAGAGUGAUGAGCUGUCCCUUCAGAAGAAGCUGCGGACUGAGGUCAUCCAGCUGGAGGACACCCUGGCCCAGGUGCGCAAAGAGUACGAGAUGCUGCGCAUUGAGUUUGAGCAAAACCUGGCAGCCAACGAGCAAGCAGGACCAAUCAACAGGGAAAUGCGACAUUUAAUCAGCAGUCUUCAGAACCACAACCUGCAGUUGAAAGGUGAUGUGCAGCGCUAUAAAAGGAAGUUGCGGGAAACACAGAUGGAGAUCAAUAAGUUACGCUGUCAGAGCGGUGACACAGGUGUUCUGAUAUUAGAGGAGACAACGAGCGACAGCAUCGACGUGAAGAAGGAGGAGGAUGAGGACCAGGAGGAGGAAGAGGAGAGAAGGAAGGAACUGGAGAGACAGCGGGCCCGGGAGAGAGAGAGGGAGAGGGAGGCCGAGCGAGAACGAGAGCGGGAGCGGGAGAGAGAGAGGCAGCGCAGUGAUGAGCUGAAGAGGAAGGACUCGGAUACACUGAAGAUGCUCAGAGUAGAACUCAAGAAAGCCCAGGAGUCCCAGAAAGAGAUGAAGCUCCUAUUGGACAUGUACAAGUCAGCUCCAAAGGAGCAGAGGGACAAAGUGCAACUCAUGGCAGCUGAACGCAAAUCUAAAGCCGAGGUGGAUGAGUUGCGGAUGCGAGUGCGAGAGCUGGAGGAGAGGGAGAGGAAGGAAAGCAAGAAGCUGGCCGAUGAAGAUGCCCUCAGGAAGAUCCGAGUGGCAGAAGAGACCAUCGAGCAUCUACAGAAGAAACUCGCUGCCACUAAACAGGAGGAGGAAGCCCUGCUGAGCGAGAUGGAUGUGACAGGCCAGGCUUUUGAGGACAUGCAGGAACAGAACAGCCGACUGCUGCAGCAGUUACGAGAGAAGGACGAUGCCAAUUUCAAGCUGAUGAGUGAGAGAAUUAAAUCGAACCAGAUCUACAAGCUGCUGAAAGAGGAGAAGGAGGAGUUGGCAGACCAAGUUCUCACAUUCAAAACCCAGGUGGAUGCCCAGCUGCUGGUCGUGCAGAAGCUAGAAGAAAAAGAGGGCGUUCUCCAGAGCACACUGGCCGCACUUGAAAAAGAGCUGGCCGUCCGGACACAAGCACUAGAACUCAACAAGAGGAAGGCGGUGGAGGCUGCCCAGCUGGCAGAGGACCUGAAGGUGCAGCUAGAGCACACGCAGGCCAAGCUUAAGGAGAUCCAGGUCUCUGUGGCUGAGAACCGCACCGCCCGGGAAAGAGAAAGCAGCAAUCUUAAAAGAGCACAGGAGGAUCUGUCCAGGCUGAGGCGGAAGCUGGAGAAACAGAAGAAGGUGGAGGUUUACUCUGACGCUGAUGAGAUCCUGCAGGAGGAAAUCAACCAGUACAAGGCCAAGCUGCGCUGCCCCUGCUGCAACACACGAGACAAGGAGACCGUGCUCACCAAGUGUUUCCACGUUUUCUGCUACGAAUGUCUGAAGAUGCGUUACGAUACGCGACAGAGGAAGUGCCCCAAGUGCAACUGUGCCUUCGGAGCCAACGACUUUCACCGCAUCUACAUUACCUAGAACGCACAGAGACGGAGGAGAAAACGGAAGAAGAGAAAACUGUAGAGAGAACCAAAGGAGAGGGAAAAGUAGAGAAACUGAAAAGGAACUGAAGAUUUAUUUGAAGACAUUUUGGGGAUAUAAGAUGAGUGUAUUUCCCCAUUUUAGUCUCUCUUUGGAAAGACUUGUUUUACUGCAUCAUUGACAUCAGUUGGUGAUUAAUUUGGUGACCAAACAGUGACUGAGAGUGUUGUGCUGUAGUUAAUAAACACAGUUGUUUGUGCACACAGUGAUAUUCUUACAUGUCGAGCUGCUCUGCAUUGUUUUCCAGUUUUGUUUUGUUUUUUGUUUUGUUGCUGUUUUUGCCAAUGUCAAACAUCCUUUUCUUUAAAGAAACUGGGCCCAUUUUUACAUAUUUCUUUUUUUAUGUAUUGAAAAUCAUGGAACUGCAGUGAUAACAUGGUCCUGAAGUGUUUCUUUCAUUUGUUUUGUCCUGCUGGUUUUGGAAAUCCCAUAAAGUCAGUGAAGCUGAGAUUUAAACAUCAGAAUUAAAAGAAUCCAUCCUUUUCACAUCUGAAGACUGCACGUGUAAAACUAAAUAUGUUUCUAAUAUAUGAAGUACAACAGCCAGAUUUGUCAAACGUCUUUGGUUAGGCUAUAGCAUUAACAAUGCCUGAGAGACGUCAGCUAGUUUGGCACUCAGUCAGCACAUACAGGAGUGUUUGGAUCACCUUGGGCAAGGACCUCAGUGUGUGUUCAUCCUGUUGCCAUGGUUCCUAUUGGAGAGUUUGACACAAACAUCUGCAGCUUAUAGUGCCUCAUUACUGAUGAAAUCACUCCAGUGGAAAGUCAGCUCAUAUGGGUGUCCUUAGUGGGAUUUGCUGCUCCAGGUCCUCUUAGACCGCUUUCCUAAAGGUUAGUCGUGACAGUCGAGUACAAAAACAUCUGUUUAACAACACGCUUCUAACCUAAUUGAGCCAAUGAAACUCCCUUUCCUCUGUUCUGAUGAUGUGAACUAUUUACUGGGAGGUUGGUUAAGCGUCUGUUUGACGUUAGCUCUUGUGGGAAAGUCAGUUUACACUUUAUGUUGAGUGCACUAAAAGUUCCAGGCUACAGAGAAAGAAAAAAAAGUGAAUAUGUGAAGAAAAAAAAAGUUUAUCAGGCAUUUGGGAACAGUUAACUUAAUCCUCCACAGGAAUUUGCUAAAAUGUUGGCAAAAAUAAGAAUCAUUUUAUUGGUAAUAAUAACUGGGCAGUGGUUGUUUACU